CGACCUCCCAGCACAUCCAGUCGGCCCCGCCGUCACCCGCUGCUUAUCGCGAGAGCAUCGCUGUUCUCCAUUCUGCCGACAUGUCCGCCGACGAGAAAAAGUCCGAUGUCCAGCUGCAGGACGAGCAGCGUCUGAACCAGCUGGGCUACAAGCAGGAGUUGCAUCGCUCCCUGAGUUCCUUCGCCAACUUUGGCAUUGCCUUCACAAUUCUCUCGGUGCCGACGGCGCUGCUCCCGCUGAUCUACCUGGGCAUGACUACUGGAGGUCCCGCCAGUUUGCUUAUCAGCUGGCCCAUUAUUGCCGUCCUCUCCUUCCUGGUCGGCCUCAGCAUCAGCGAGAUUGUCUCGGCCUAUCCCACCAGCGGCGGGCUUUACUAUUGGGCCGCCAAUCUCGCCGGACCCAAGCGCGCUCCAAUCUUCAGUUACUUUACCGGCUGGUUCAAUUUCCUUGGUCUCUGGGGCAUCACUUCCGGAACCGCCUUUGGCUUUGGGCAGAUCUUUGCCACCUAUCUCUACACCAAUGGCAGCUGGAACACCACCGAUAUCCCGACCACGGACAUGAGAUACAAGGGUGUGGUCGUCGCCUCAUCGGCAGUUAGCCUCUUGAUCGUUGCUCUCUUGGGCAAGGCCUCUUCCCGAACGCUGAACUACUUUGCCCAAGGUUGUCUCGGCAUCAACAUUGUCGGAUUGCUGGUGAUGGGCUUUGGCACUGCCUUCAUGGGCAAUGUCCCACGCACUCCACUUCCGACCCUCAUCACCACCUGGGUCAACACCACGGGCUUCUCGGACGCUUGGGCGGCCUUCGUCGGCAUCCUCCCGGCCGCGCUCACCUACAGCGGCUAUGACUCGGCUGCCCACUUGGCCGAAGAAACAGUCGGCGCUGCUCGUGCGGGACCCAAGGCCAUUCUGAUUUCCAUGGCCGUGACCCUGCCUGUGGGCUUCCUGAUGGGCUGGUCGCUGCUGGCUCCCGUGCCUAUCGACCAAUACUCCAGCUUUGCCAACUCGCCCGUCUCGACCUCCACCGUCAUUGAUAUCUUCUUCCUCGUUGGUGGCAAUGCCGGUGGCUUGAUCAUGACCACAACCCUGUUUAUCGUGUUUGUCACUGGUGUAUAUUCGAUGGCAAUCACUCACAGUCGCAUGACUUAUGCCUUUGCUCGCGACGGUGGCCUCCCGGGCUCAAAGUUCCUCUAUGUCCUCGACGCUGCUUCCGAGACCCCCGUUCGCGCUCUGUGGAUCACCCUCUUUCUGGACUUUAUCAUCAUCAUUCCGUCCUUGUACUCAUCCGCUCUCUACGCCGCCAUCAACUCGGUCGGCACGAUCGGAACCUACCUAUGCUAUGCCAUCCCCAUCUUCUUGCGCAUCGUCCGCGACAAGGAGUUCCCUCGAGGCCCAUUCAAUCUAGGUCGCUUUGGCCUGCCCGUGGCCGUGGUCGCUUUUAUCUGGCUCCUGAUUGCCUGUGUGGCCCUGUCUUUGCCCACGGUCAACGUGGUGUCCAGCAACUUCAGCGACUAUUCGUCCUUCAUUGCUGCAUACCUGUCCAGCUUCAAUUGGGCUCCGGUCAUGGUCGUUGGUAUCUUUUUGAUCGCUCUGAUCAUCUGGGUGGUCUCGGCGCGACACUGGUUCAAGGGACCCAAGCUGGAUAUCAAGACCAUCGAGGCCUUUAGUCGGCGCAACCGUGGUAGCGCUAGCAGCGCUACCCUGACCUCGCUUUGAUCGCAUCUGGGUGUUGGCUGGACAGUGCACGCCCGACAGCACAUGUCGGACAAGCAGUUGGGGCGCACUCAGGCCAGCUGCAAUACUUUUCGUUGCUCUUGUGUGUUUCCUCCGGUGCAAUGGCCUCCUCCUUUCCUUCAGCACCGGUGGCGACUCAUCCAGUCCCCGCUCAAAAAUUCGAUUUUUUCUUUGCUCUGCGAAGGCGUAAUGGGUUUGUGUUUCAGGCUGUUCUUCACUGUUGCUGUUGUCUUGGCUUCUGUAACUGUCUUGAAGGAAGACGUCGGCCGCCAUCGAAGCUUGGAGCUGCUCAGAUUUGUUCGACGAGAUAUUGGCGAUUCGUGAUGGCUUGGCCGACUCUGCUACUCUUGUUGAUGUCUUUGUUGCCAUUGUCGCCAUUUUCUUACUUUCCUUCUCUCCAUGAUGUAAACUUUGAUG